CCUGCAUACUGGACACACACUCUUCACAAGUAUCUACAUUCAACGAAUUCACAACAAAUUUUGUUCUUCUGCAUACAAAACCAGAGUUUAUCUGAUUCUUACACCAGAUACCAUUGUGUUUCUCCUUAAAAUGUCAGACAUGAGGAACCAGCACCAAACCUCUGAAUUGUUGCAACAAAGUAUGCUUGAUGUCAACUUUAUUCAGAAAGACUUUCAUGAAGUCAUUUCUAAAAACAACCAAUUAAAGAAGAAAACCAGUGAAUUCAAACGGUACCUCAAAAAGCUGCAGGUCCAAACGGCAGACCUGCAAACCAAGGUGGAUGAAUGUGAGUUUAAAGUUAAGCAAGAAAGUAUGCUUGAUGUCAACUUUAUUCAGAAAGACUUUCAUGAAGUCAUUUCUAAAAACAACCAAUUAAGGAAGAACGCCAAUGAAUUCAAACGGUACCUCAAAAAGCUGCAGGUCCAAACGGCAGACCUGCAAACCAAGGUGGACGAAUAUGAGUUUAAAGUGGGAAAGAUAAAUGAUGAAGGAGCAGCAGCAAAUAAAGAGCUAGUCAUCAAGCUGACCUCAAUGCUGGAAUUCAGAAAGAACGAGCAAGGGGUCGAGGUUUGUUCAGAGGCUCAGGAAAAGCUCAGGGACUCUGAACUGGAAAUGAAGAGACUGAAAGAGCAGCUUCAGCAGAGGGACAGUGAAAUCCUGAACCUGAAACAGGAGAAUGAGUCUCUGUCUGUUGAAGUUGCGCGCCUUCAGAAAGCUGAGGUCCUGUGGAAUAAGGAAGACAGUGAAAUCCUGAAACUGAAACAGGAGAAUGAGUCUCUGUCUGUUGAAGUUGCGCGCCUUCAGAAAACUGAGGUCCUGUGGAAUAAGGAAGACAGUGAAAUCCUGAAACUGAAACAGGAGAACGAGUCUCUGUCUGUUGAAGUUGCGCGCCUUCAGAAAGCUGAGGUCCUGUGGAAUAAGGAAGACAGUGAAAUCCUGAAACUGAAACAGGAGAACAAGUCUCUGUCUGUUGAAGUUGCGCGCCUUCAGAAAGCUGAGGUCCUGUGGAAUAAGGAAGACAGUGAAAUCCUGAAACUGAAACAGGAGAACGGGUCUCUGUCUGUUGAAGUUGCGCGCCUUCAGAAAGCUGAGGUGCUGUGGAAUAAGGAAGACAGAGAAAUCCUGAAACUGAAACAGGAGAAUGAGUCUCUGUCUGUUGAAGUUGCGCGCCUUCAGAAAGCUGAGGUCCUGUGGAAUAAGGAAGACAGUGAAAUCCUGAAACUGAAACAGGAGAAUGAGUCUCUGUCUGUUGAAGUUGCGCGCCUUCAGAAAGCUGAGGUCCUGUGGAAUAAGGAAGACAGUGAAAUCCUGAAACUGAAACAGGAGAAUGAGUCUCUGUCUGAUGAAGUUGCGUGCUUUCAGAAAGCUGAGGUCCUGUGGAAUGAGGCAGUACACAGACAGCUAGUGGAGCAGGAGACGCUGGCUCUCAAAGAACAAAAUAAAAAGCUGCUGGGCAAGCACAAGGAGGUCUGUAAAAUCCAAAAACGCUUGAAAAAAGUCACCAUGGAGUUUCGGGAAGAAAAGGAAAAAUUUAAUAAAGAAAAACAGCUUGAGGGAAAGCAAGGCCUGCAUGGACAGCAUCAGGAAUGUCAGAAAGAAAGUCAGGCAAAGAAAGAACUGACAAAAUUGCUGAAAGACCUGGAAGAGAAGAAAAAGGAAAUUCAGGAGACAAAGACUGAAAGAGCAGAACUCGUAAAGAUACAAGAAGAGACAAUGAACCUGCUGGAAGUGAUUAAUUUGCAGCUCGGACAGUCAGACAUAGAUAAAGAUAGUAAGGAAAUAAAGAAGCUCCUGAAACAGAGAGAUAAAAUAGAAAACAAACUGGAGAAAGCCAGAGUGAAAGAAUCAAAUAAGCAGAUUAAAAAACGAGAAGAGGAAGUAAGGAAACUGCACAAAAUUCUUGAGAAAAAAGCAAAAAAACAGCAGGAAAUAUGGGAGAAAGAGGCAAAGAAGGUGAAAACGCAGGAGCAGAAUGAGAACGGACAACGUGGCAGCUGGUGGUGGUUCUGCUGCUCAGUUCCACCUGAGGAUUAGCCUCCUCUUCCUCCCUCUUCUCUCCAACCUCUAUCUUCCCUUCUAUCACCCUCCCUCCAGCCUCAGUCCCUAUCCUCCUCACUCUCCUCUUCUUUC